UGUCGCUCUAUGAUAACGCUGAUAAAAAUGAAAAUUUUUCAGAUUUCAGAAUAGGAAUUUCAGAAUAUUCAAUAGGUAGAGAGUUAUCUACUGGUAUUUUCCCAAUUUUUUAGUUUUAUUCUUAUAUAAUAUAGUAAGAGGUAUUACAUUUUACCUUACCAUGUCUUAUAUACCGUAUGAGAUAAUUACUCAUAAAAGACAAGUAUGUUCACUUUAUAAAAAAGCAUGCAGGACCAUCGAGGAUUGGUAUCAUUACAGACCAUUGAUGCGAAUUAAUAUUAUUCGCUUAAGAAAACGUUUUGAUGACAACAAGAAUAUAAUAGAUGUACCAACUGCACAAGAAUUGUUAAAAAAAGGUCAACAUGAGCUAUGGGCUAAUCAACAUUAUUAUCCUCAUCAGUUUCCAUCUUCACCUGGCGGAACAGCCUUUGACCGAGAUUGUUUCCCUCCCGACUGGGUUUUGGAUUCUUGGCAUCCAUUAGAAAAAGCACAGUAUCCAAAGUACUUUGCUAAAAGAGAAGAACGCAAAAAAGAAUACAUAGCAUUAUGGGAAAAACGCUGGGGAAAGCCAUUCAUUCCACAUGACGAUCAUUAAAUUAAUUUUCUUUAUGUGGAUUGUAGUGGAAUAUUGAUUGUUGCUAAUUAGCGAUUGUUAUCAUAAAAUAAUAUGAUGUAUCUUGUAUGUAAAAUAAAUAAUAAAUAAACUUAGAUUUCUGAAUUAAAU